UGGUCCCUGUAUUGUUUACAAGUCUGCCUAGCCCUCAGGUUGGCUCUUAAAAGGCAGUUGAUUAACCCUGGUUCUCAGACAGAAGUUCUCAGUUUCAAAUAAUGAAUCGGUUGCUUGGUGUUGCUGGGAGGUGUUUCCCAGUGUCUUUGUGGGGCUGCUUUUCCUCCUGCAGUUCUCUACACAUUUGACGUGCCAGAUACCCAAGGAAGUGGCUGACAUUUUUAAUUCCCCCAGCGAUGACGAGGAUUUUCUUGGUUUUGGAGAUGAUGCUCCCAUGCAAACCUUGUCAUCAGAAGACAGCUCUGAUAGUUUUGAUUCAUUGGAGUCAGCAAAAAAGGAUGUUCGAUUUCAAUCCAAGUACCUGACUGAGGAACUGAGGAGAAUUUUCACUGAAGACACUGAUUCAGAAAGUGAAGUGUUUGAAGGCUUUGCUCCAAGUGACCUGGAUGUAAACAAUGCGAAUGGAAUGAUGCCAGUGGAGUCAGAUUUAAGUGAUGGAGAGAACAAUAAUUUCUCUUUACUGGGUAGUGAGGAGGAGGAGGAAGAAGAGAAGGCUUCCCCCAAGAGAAGAAGCUUUGGUCUUCGUGUGGCAUUUCAGUUCCCCACAAGAAAGUCUGCCAAGAAGAAGGUGCCUGAACCAACUUUUUCCAAGCUACACUUGCAAGACAAUAACCCCCCUAAAACUCUCACAAGAGAGAAAAGCAGCAAGCGAUGGGAGAAACUAGAGGGGUCUGCCUCAGAGUCUGAGGAGGAUGUCAAAGAGACUCGUGAAGAAAGCUCCAGUGCCCUGCUUAAAAGAGCCAUAAACAUCAAAGAAAAUAAAGCCAUGCUUGCCCAGUUGUUAGCAGAACUGAAUUCUAUACCUGAACUGUUUCCAGUGAAAACAGCCACCUCAACUCCUUCUAAACAGAAGAAAACCCCAAGGAGAACAUUUUCUGAAGGCCAGAUAGAGCGUCGUACAAACCCAACCAGAAAUGCUCGUCCACCAGAGAAAUUUGCCUUGGAAAACUUCACUGUGUCUGCGGCUAAAUUUGCAGAACACUUUCAUAAUUACAGACAACAAAAUCUCCUAAUAAAGAAGAGACUCAGUGGGGGUGACUGUGGAGUGCGCAAAAGAAGGAGGUCAUCUAAAUACUCAUCUUACCGUCCUGUUGAAGAUAUUACUGAUGAGGACUUGGAGAAUAUUGCAAUUACAGUUAAAGAUAAAAUCUAUGAUAAAGUCCUGGGUAGUACGUGCCACCAGUGUCGGCAGAAGACAAUUGAUACUAAGACAGUCUGUCGUAAUCAAGGUUGCGGGGGUGUGAGAGGACAGUUCUGUGGACCGUGUCUUCGUAAUCGAUAUGGUGAAGACGUGAAAUCGGCACUUCUGGAUCCAGAUUGGAUUUGCCCUCCUUGUCGUGGUGUCUGUAACUGCAGUUACUGUCGCAAGCGUGAUGGCCGCUGUGCCACAGGAAUGCUCAUUCACUUGGCAAAAUUUUAUGGUUAUGACAAUGUUAAAGAAUAUCUUGAAAGUUUACAAAAGCAACUGAGUGAAGACAAUUGAAGAUGCUGAGCACAGCUGCCUGACCUGCAGACAAGUUUUUUUUUUUUUUUUUACUUCAGGGUU